AUGAGAGCCGUAACUAAACUUUCGGCUGCGGCAUUUUGGGGUUCCGCCGUCGUUUCUGCGUGGGCACCACAAUUUGGCUGGAAAUCGAAGCCUCAGGGAUCUCCUGGACCUUCAGGACCUCAUGGGCCUAACUUUUGGAACUCUUCUCAAACUCAGGGUUCGCCAUGGCCUCAUCCAACAUCCCAUCCUUGGUCGCCCAGCGGUGUACUCCCUCAAAACGCAACCAAUGGUCUCAGCAGUUGGGGUACACUUGAUCACCCAGACUUUCCAGGAUGGGUAGAUGGACCUCUGCCUCAGGGAUGUCCAUGGGGUCUGAGACAACAAAACGACACAAACCCUUACAAUGAGAAGAAUGUUCCCAACACUGGCAUGACUCGUUACUAUGAAUGGGAGAUUUCCAACAAGACUAUGGCUCCUGAUGGUGUUGAACUUGGACUUCUUGUAGUCAACGGACAAUUCCCUGGACCUCUCAUUGAGGCGAAUUGGGGUGAUUGGAUCGAGGUCAAGAUUACAAACAACCUCAACGAGGGUACUGCCAUGCACUGGCACGGUUUCCUUCAAAAGGGUACUCCCUGGUAUGAUGGUACUCCUGGUCUCAGUCAGUGUCCCAUCGCUCCUGGUAAAAGCUUUACCUACCGCUUCCGUGCCGAACUUUAUGGUACCAGUUGGUGGCACUCUCACUGGUCAGCUCAGUACUUGAACGGUCUUUCUGGCCCUAUUAUCAUUCACGGACCUGUCGCUGAUCAAUACGAUGUUGAUCUUGGUCCCGUAAUGUUGACUGACUGGUUUCACGCUGAUUACUAUUCUUUGGUCCAACAGGUCUUUUUUGCUUCGGAAGUCGGUCCAAUCUUCCCACCAAACUCUAACAACAUGUUGAUCAACGGAAAGAACAACUACGACUGCAAAAACACCAACCUUACAUGUACUCCCAAUGCAGGUGUCUCUCAAUUUCGUUUCCAAAGUGGCAAGAAGCAUCUCCUGCGUCUGGUCAAUCAUGCUGCUGAAGCAGUCAUCUUCUUCUCGAUCGAUGGAUACAAGCUCAAGGUCGUUGCCAACGAUUUCGUCCCUAUUGAACCUUACUACACUGAUCUGGUCACUCUUGGUGUUGGUCAGCGUUCUGAUAUUAUUGUAGAAGCUACCGGCAACAGCACUGAUGCCGUCUGGAUGCGUAUGACCGAAGGACCUUCUGGACUUGGACCUCCUCGUGGUCAGACUGGUUGCAGUUUGAACGAUGGCCACGGUGUUGAAGCUCUCGCAGCAAUCUACUACGAGGACGCUGAUACCAGCAUCCCCCCAACCACAUCCAACACAAUCGAUAAUUCUCGCAUCUACUUCCCUCUCAACUGCAACAACCAGCCUCUCAACCUCACAGUUCCCAAGUAUCCUAUUCCAGUUCAGGACCCUGAUGUCACCCUCAACUUCACCAUGUCCGCCAAAUACAACUCAACUGGAGCUUUCAAAUGGUACAUGAACAAUGAGACUUAUGUCGCAAACUACAAUGAUCCAACUCUUCUGGAGGCCGGACUCGGCAACAUCGACUUCCCGAAGGAGUCCCGUGUCUUUGAUCUGGGCACUAACAAGACCGUUCGCAUUAUCAUGCAAAGUGUUGGUUUUCCUGCUUCUCAUCCCAUGCACAUCCACGGAUUCAACAUGCAAGUCCUCAGCGAGGGUAUCGGAACUUGGGACGGUGUCUCCAUUACAAAUCCUGAGAAUCCUCAACGCCGCGACACUCAGCUUGUCCAGCCUAAUGGAUAUCUCGUGAUCCAGAUCGAGCUUGACAACUGGGGUGUCUGGCCCUUCCACUGUCACAUUGCCUGGCACAUCAGCGAGGGUAUGAACAUCAAUUUGAUGGUCAACACACCUUAUGUCACCAACGAGAUGGAGAUUCCGUAUGUCAUGGCUCAGACUUGCCGUGACUGGGCUGCAUUCACCAAUACUACUGUUGUGAACCAGAUUGAUUCUGGUCUAUAG